UGCACACUCCAAAUACCUGCGAGACCCAAUAGGCUCUAAUCGGCCAGGUCGUACAGAGUAAAAUGGAAUAUUUUACCUUACAACCUUUUCUUUGAGAGGAAGUCGAACCCGAAACAUUGAUAUGGCUGUGGACGCUGCCUCCAGCUUUAGCUUCUGCCGCCCUGCCGUGGAGUACAAGGCCCUUCCAGAGGACUUUAAGCACCAGCUGAGCCGAUGCGCGGGCGGGAACCUCACGUGGCAUGAGGGCCGCGGGCACAAGACAGCGGGCGGCCGCACCGUCAAACUGCUGCAGCAGCCAGGAAGCGAGGGCCGGCAGCUCCACGCCGGGGAUCUGUACUCCGUCUACCACACCAGUCCCACCCUACCCAGUCUGUCCAGGCCAGUGGUCUUGUGGUCCCAACAGGAUGUGUGUAAGUGGUUAAAGAGACAUUGUCCUCACAACUACCUGAGGUGUAUGGAGGCCUUCUCCCACCAUGCCAUCACAGGCCGAGCUCUGCUAAGGCUCAACGGGGAGAAGUUGGAGAGGAUGGGCUUGGUCCAGGAGACCACCAGGCAGGAGCUUCUCCAGCAGGUGCUGCAGCUGCAGGUGCAGGAGGAGCGGCGUAACCUCCAGCUGCUCAGCCGAGGGUCUUUCGGGAACUGGUCAUAGCCCGGGUCACAGCCCAAGGUCGUCACAAGAGGGCGUUGGAGGGAUGAGGUUGGGUGGGUCUGCGGCCAGAGACGUGCGCCUCGGAUCGCCACGGAUCUGCCCUCAGGACCGAGGGCCGUGGCCCUCGUCUUCAUCUCAUUACUGCAGCCAAGCAAACACUGACUCUGUAAGAGUAGAGAGAAUACUCUCCAACAUCAGUCUUCCCUGUCGGAGUUGGCCACUACUCUAUAAUGUAUGAGUAGUCUCUCUGUAAGUGUGAUCUACAUACUUCUAACACAGACAGCUGGGAUGAUGCCUCCCUUCUCGUCUCCUCAAGCUGCGAUAACCAUUUCUUUUUCUUUUCCACGCCAGCAAGUGUUCUUGGCCACAAAGGACCAUUUUGUGCAUAUGUGUGAGUUUUCUGUCACUUUGGGUGAUAACUCACUAUGCUGAUCAUGAGAAGCAGGUGUCAGCCAGGACUCAGACGGAAGCAGCUGGCAUGCUACAGAGGAGUCGCUCCUAAAACAACACGUCCCCGACCGUUCAAAGGCAACGUGCCCAAGUUUAGGCUGCCGUGGACACCACAGCAUGCUGGGGAGAGCAGGCUGUGCAAACAAGCUCACAAGGUCUGGUGUAGAUCAUUCUCAGUCAAUCAGUUAUCCAGUCUCAGUUAUCCAGAUGAUUGCUUUGCUUUAACAAAAAAAAUCCCAAAAUCCUAUGCUAGGAGGAUGAAUGAAACGACAGCGCUUUGACUACCCAUGGUAUGAGAGGUUAGGGCACAGUCCAUUUUUCAAUUUCACAGCACAUCGCGUUUUACCUGAGCAUGGUACAGCAUUACAGGAAUUCCAACCGUACAAAAUGUGGACCUUCCUAUCAUGCUUUGCCCUGAAUACUGAACAUUCACUGCUUUGCCAUGGCUUUGAAAAAAAUACUUCCUCUCCAUUCUCUUUGAAAAUGGAAGAAGCUAAGGAACAAUGCAAACUAGGUCAACAAAUCUCCUGCUGUAAUAUGCCUGUCAAUGCAACAGGUUUCUUAAACUAAAGACGUGGUGACUGCCUAGGUCUUUCAAUAUAUAUUUAAAGGCAUUGAAAAAAAUAUGUUCUCCAGGUUUGCACCUUUCGCUCGGAGGACACAUGUCCCAUACCUGGUCCUUGUAUGUAUUCCCCUUAUACAUUUUACAUUCUACACAUACUUUUCAUGUUAUAUUUUUAAAUAUGUAAAUAAAGGCAUUU